AUGAAAAAGAACUUCUUCUCUUUAAAAUUUCACUUAAAAAAUGUAAGAUAUUACAGUUUAAAUAAAAUAAAUUUAAAGAAUGUUAAUAAAAUAAUUAAAAAUAUUAAUGAAAUAAAUGAAAAAGAAAGAGAAAUAUUGAAAGCGAAUAAUAUUGUAAAUGAAAUUACAAAAUUAAAUGAAAAAGGAAGUAUAGAAAAUAUAGUAAACAGCGAUAGAAUAUAUAAGGAUGAUAAAAUAGAAAAAAUAGAGAAAAUUAAAUUAUUUAAAUUAAAAAAUUUUAAAUUGAUAGCAUUAUGUAUAGUCACUACUUUAUUUUUUUAUUUCACUCUUAAAAAAGUGCCUGAUGGGUAUAUAUGUUUAGUUGAAAAUAUAAAUGAUAAGACAGUAUUACCCUAUAUUUAUGAUGAUAAAAUGACAUUUUUUUAUAAUCCUCUUAAGUAUAAAGUAAUUCAUAUGAGAAUCGUUCCUAUUCAAAAAAAAUAUGUAAAUAUUUAUGAAACUCUAGAUAAAAAAAAAAUUAAAGUAAUACUGGAAGUUAAAAUGAAACCUAAAAUCCCUUUCAUUAUUGAAAUUUAUAAUUCUUUUGGAAUAAAUUAUAGCUCUAAAUAUAUAGAAAAGGAAAUGAAUUUAGAUAUUAAAAGUGUUGUUAAAAAGUAUAAGUAUGAUUUAUUUUUUGAAAUAGAUGAAAAUACAAAUAAAAAUAAAUUAUCAGUUGAUGAUAUAGUUGAUCAGAUAAUGGAAAGAUUCUAUGACUGUUCAAUUUUUCAUAAAAUUAUUCUCAUAGAUGCUACAAUUUUAUUUCAAAAAGUAGACUAA